GGCUUCGGGAUUGGCGUGGUCUUAGCGGUAGAGCUGCGGAGGGGGGGGAUUGGGAGUCCUUUGACUUCGGCUCCCGAGAGGUUAGGCCCUAAAACCCCCUCCCUACCCCCAAGUCCUCUUGCCCUUGCUUUCGUCCUCUUGAGGCCAUGCCACUGACCCGCAGCCUGUCCGUGACCUCCCUCUCUGGGUUGGAGGACUGGGAAGAUGAACUUGACCUUGAUAAUGCCAUUCUUUUCGAAGUGGCUUGGGAGGUAGCCAAUAAAGUUGGUGGGAUCUUCACUGUUAUCCAAACUAAAGCCAAGAUUACACUGGAUGAAUGGGGCGAGAAUUACUUCUUGAUUGGACCUUACCUGGAAUUGAAUGUGCGCACACAGGUGGAGCUGAUAGAACCUCCCAACCCUGCAAUUCGCCGAACCAUUGACUCCAUGAAUUCAAAAGGAUGUAAAGUUUACUUUGGCCGCUGGCUGAUUGAGGGGGGUCCAUAUGUGAUCCUCAUCGACAUUGGGGCAACUGCUUGGAGCUUGGAUCGCUGGAAGACUGAAUUGUGGGAAAGCUGCUCCAUUGGGAUUCCCUGGUACGACCGAGAGGCCAAUGACGCCGUCCUCUUUGGCUUCCUCACAGCCUGGUUCUUAGGGGAGUUUUCCGCACAAUGUGAAGAAAAGCCAUUCAUCAUUGGUCAUUUCCAUGAGUGGUUGUCUGGUGUUGGCCUCUUCCUCUGUCGGAUCCGGAAACUUCCAAUAGCUACCAUCUUCACCACCCAUGCUACCCUGCUUGGCCGCUACCUGUGCGCAGGCAGUGUGGACUUCUACAACAAUCUGCAGGACUUUAAUGUGGAUAAGGAGGCUGGAGACCGGCAAAUUUACCAUCGUUAUUGUAUGGAGAGAGCUGCUGUCCACUGCACACAUGUUUUUAGUACAGUUUCUCAGAUCACAGCAGUAGAAGCUGAACAUCUGUUAAAACGGAAACCUGAUAUUGUGACUCCCAAUGGUUUGAACGUCAAGAAAUUCUCUGCUAUGCACGAAUUCCAAAACCUCCAUGCUCAGAGCAAAGCUCGUAUCCAGGAGUUUGUCCGAGGCCAUUUCUAUGGGCACCUGGACUUCAAUCUUGACAAAACUAUUUUCUUCUUCAUCGCUGGACGCUAUGAAUACUCCAAUAAAGGAGCUGACAUUUUCUUGGAAGCCCUAGCCAGGCUCAACUACCUACUAAGGGUGAAUGGAAGCCAAAUUACAGUGGUAGCAUUUUUUAUCAUGCCAGCUAGGACAAAUAAUUUCAACGUGGAGACACUAAAAGGCCAAGCCGUCCGCAAGCAGCUCUGGGACACAGCCAAUGCAGUGAAGGAGAAGUUUGGCAAAAAACUGUAUGAAUCCCUCCUUGUGGGAAACCUUCCUGACAUGAAUAAAAUGUUGGACAAAGAAGAUUUCACAAUGAUGAAGAGAGCCAUCUUUGCCACUCAGCGUCAUUCUUUCCCCCCAAUCUGUACUCACAACAUGCUGGAUGAUUCUACCGACCCUAUUCUCAACACCAUCAGGCGCAUCGGUCUCUUCAAUAGCAGUGCCGACCGUGUCAAGGUCAUUUUCCAUCCAGAAUUUCUGUCUUCCACUAGUCCGUUGCUUCCUGUUGAUUAUGAAGAAUUCGUUAGAGGCUGCCAUUUGGGGGUGUUCCCUUCCUAUUAUGAACCAUGGGGCUACACACCAGCUGAGUGCACCGUGAUGGGGAUCCCCAGCAUUUCCACCAAUCUCUCUGGCUUUGGCUGCUUCAUGGAGGAACAUAUAGCAGAUCCAUCUGCCUAUGGGAUCUACAUCUUAGACAGGCGUUUCCGGGGCUUGGAUGAGUCGUGCACGCAGUUGACCUCUUUCCUCUACAGCUUCUGCCAGCAAUCUCGGAGGCAGCGCAUUAUACAGAGAAACCGCACAGAGAGGCUUUCUGAUCUCCUGGAUUGGAAAUAUCUAGGAAGGUAUUACAUGUAUGCCCGGCAUAUGGCCCUCGCAAAGGCCUUCCCUGAUAACUUCAUCUAUGAGCCACACGAAACAACUGCGGCUCAGGGCUUCCGCUACCCGCGCCCAGCCUCGGUCCCACCCUCUCCUUCCAUCUCCCGCCACUCCAGCCCCCAUCACAGCGAGACCGAAGAGGAUGAUGAACGGUACGACGAGGAAGAAGAGGCAGAAAAAGACAGGCAGAACAUCAAACCCCCAGGCAUGAUGGGUCCGGUCCCCGAGUGGCGAAAGCACUCCAAGAAGGGGUCUAGCGAGGCCAGCACUUCCUCCAAUGCUAGCACUCCCACUAUCCCCAGCAGCCCCAGUGACCUGAGCAGCCCCACCAAUUCUCUGAUCGAAGAGAAAAAUUAGGUGUCCUGACUCGCCCGCCUGCUCUUUUCCCACGCCUCCCCCUAUCCUCAAGAGCUUGUUAACUUAGUGCUGCAUUCUGAAAUAAGCCUAGAGUGUAAGUUCUAGGGUGUUCCAGACAGAAGCGCUCCCGCUCGAUGUAGUUCGGUUAAAGGACAGUAAGGCAGUCUUCUCUGGAUCCCAGAAUGCCAAGGGUGGAGGACCUUCUUCCUCUGGAAGGAGUCGGGAACUAACCCAUUGGCUCUUUUUGCAGAACAGAAGAUAACAUCCUUGCGUUGACCAAGAGUAAGAAUGUAAGGUCAUGCAUUUUCCUCCUCCCAAACACACUCCAUAUGCUGCUGCUGUUUUGGAAGGCGUUUUCCAGGUCUUAAGAACCUUGCUGAAUUUUUUUAAAAAAAAUAAUAAUAAUGGGAGAAAAGGGAAAAUGGGAGGCCUUCAUGGGAAGGACACAAGAAAGGUAUCAACUUACCUCCCCUUCCCUACCAACAAAGGUUUCAUUGCACCAGAAACAGAGCAGGCCUUUUAAAGGCUGUUCAUAAAAUGAGUGACUCUAACAUUAUUGUUUUGUUGGGUAACCCUAGACAGUUGGCAUGGAGGCCCAGUGAGGAUGUAUGCUCAGCAGGAUUUUAGAGUCAUCCGGAGGACUAUGAAAGACAGAAUGUUGCUCAGAGUUUGGAAACUUCCUUUAAAAGCCAUGACUCUGCUCUUCUUUAGGCAGAGCUUUUUUUUAAGAAAAAGAAAAAGAGGACAUUUCAUAAUAUGUCCAGACAAUCUGAAUUCAUACUUUGGGACUGUUUUUCAGUUAGCUCUGUCUGUUUCUGGAAAGGAAUUUGCAAAGCUAUUUAGAGCAAAGAUUCUAACAAAAGGUUUUCUGAAAAGGGCAGUUGUAGACAGCGUUGAAAAAGUCCCCAUGGAAGAGGAUGUAGGAUCCGACUGGGGGAAAGAAGAAGCUUUCCUGCUUGACGAUUUCCACCCUGUUGUUCUCCAGAUGUGCUGGGCUUCAGCUCCCAUCACCCUCAACCAGCAUGGGCUGGGAUCAGAGAUGGAUGUUGUAAAGUGUCCAAAGGAUCUGAAUGUGCAUUUAUAUGACUUUCUAAGGUGCAAGGGGCUUAGGAGCACCCUUCCACAUAAAUUGCACUCCUGUGGCUCUACCAUGCCGCAAAGAUCCUAAUUCCUUUUCAACAGAUUUUUAACAGUUAGUGGCUUUUAAAGCUGCUUGCGAAAGUGUUUUUUGUUUUUUUUUUAAAUCAUUAUCCACUCAAGGGCAUUCUAGAAUGAUUCCCAGGGUGGUGAUAUUCAUUCUGCAUAGACUAUGAGGAAUUUCAGGAAUUUCAGGAGACUGCAGGGUCAAAGCCAGCAGAAUGGACUGCAUGCUUAAAACCUCUGAAACAGGCUAGAGGAGAGUUAUCUAAAAUGCACUUUGCUUAAGGAUAGUAAUAAUAGAGCUAGAUACCUUUCCAAGUUGGAUACCACAGAUGUAUGAGUCAACUUCACAAUCAUCCUAGCUAGGUUUCGUGGGAAUUACAGUCUAGCACCAUGAUGGUGAACCUAUGGCACAUGUGCCACAGGUGGCAUGCGGAGCCAUAGGGGGAUGCAAGCUCAGCUCCGGAGCACAUGCACAUGCUGGCCAGCUGAUUUUCGGGCCUUCUGGGCCCACCAGAACUAGGGAAACAGGCUGUUUCUGGCCUCCGGACGGCUUCCAGGGGUGGGUGGGGAAAGCAUUUUUGCCCUCCCUAGGCUCCUAGAGAGGCUCUGGAGCCUGGGGAGAGCAAAAAACGGACCUUCUGGGCCCACCGUGCCAUCACAUGCCAAAAGCAGUGGGAGGGGGAGGUUGCAUGCGAAUGCGCAGGGGGCAUAGAAUUAUGGGUGUGGGCAUGCUUAUGACACCCCCCCACUUCCCCAACUUUUGGCACGCGAUGGCAAAAAGGUUAGCCACCACUGGUCUAGUACAUCCUAAGAAUAAGCUAGUCUAAAACCCACCAGCUCUCCGGCAUCCAUCUUUUACCCUUAAUGAAAGAGAGAAAGAGUACUGGGGUCCAAUCACAUUGCCCAUCAGGUUAAACUCCCUUGGCAGUUUCUGUUAGAACAAUGCUGGCUAUUGAUGCUCUAGAUAGGUUUGGUUGGUUGCCUCUGAGAAUCAGCCAGAGCUGUUGAACUGUCCCUAUCCUAUACUGUAAUGUUUGUGAUGAGGGUUUUGCUGACGACGCAGUACAGAACGGUGUGACCCUGCAUCAGGGAUGACGUAGCUAUGACCAAAGCAGGUAUUAUAGUGCAGACAGGCACUAUAAGAAGUGUUCCUGGAGGCUGGGAGACUUAAUUAGCUGUUAUGUGGAUAAUACCCACCUUAGCACGAGAGGCAACUACCUCAAAAGGCAAAGCAGAUGCCAACACACUCAAGAACCCUUUCAGUUCUGCUUCUCCUGCCAAUUUUAUUUAUCAAAAUGAAAAACCAUUUUUUUUUAAAUCUAGUGAACUUCCUUUCUCACAAUUCUGUGAUGCAAUCAUGUGUUAAGAACCAGGUGUUUUGGGAUGCAGCCCUGCAAAUUCCAGACCUACUUGGCACUAAAUUUGGGGAGAGACAGUUUUAACAGAGCAGGACAUUGGUUUGGCCUUAAACCCCUUUUCUCUUUUCUCCAACUUUCCCCAUCUAGAUUUUUAUUUAUAGAUGUCCAAAAAAAAAAAAAAAGCUUGAAUUUUAUUGUGUCUUUUUCUCCCUCCCCCUUUCUGUGGAAAAAAACAGAUUAUGAAGAAAACAAAUGAAUUCAGAAUAAAGUUUGCUUUGAAAAUUG